AUGGCGACGAUAACAUCACUUCUCACGGCGCUCAAUUGCAAGGGCAACACUCACCUAGUCAUCGGCACAAACCCCCUCGCCGCCGCCCGCUGCACACAGUCCCUCAACGCCGGCGCCACGCCGAUCCUCCUCGCCCCGGACACGCCAGACCUGCAUUACGGCCUGCAGAAGCGCAUCGACGCCGGCGAGGUCGCGUGGCACAAGAAGGCCUUCCAGGACGACGACCUCUUCACGCUGGGCCGCGACGAAGUCGGCAACGUGGUCGACGCCGUCUUCGUCACCUCCGGGCCCAGGGAUCCCCUCAGCGCACAUAUCUCUGCGCUCUGCAAACGGAACCGCAUCCCCGUCAACGUCGUCGAUGCGCCUCACCUAUGUUCCUUCUCGCUCCUGUCAACUCACACAGACGGCCCUCUGCAGAUCGGCGUCACUACCAACGGCCGCGGCUGCAAGCUUGCCUCGCGCAUCAGGAGAGAAGUCGCUGCCGCGCUGCCCGCGGAUCUCGGCGCCGCCUGCGCGAGGUUAGGCGAUGUGCGCCGGAAGAUCCAGUCCGAGGACCACUUGGCCUCGCAGGCUGACGAUGUCGACGACUCGUUCGACCAGACGGCCAACUUCAACAAGCUCGUCACCGAGGCCGACCUGGACGCCGCCAAGAACAGGAGGAUGAGGUGGCUGAGCCAGGUGUGCGAGUACUGGCCUCUCAAGCGCCUGGCCGCCAUCUCCGACGACGACGUCGAGUCCGUCUUGAAGUCUUACUCCGCGUCUUUGCCGGAGGUAGCAGCGGCGGCGACUACGGCCGCGAAGCCCCCUGCUGCCGGACUCGGUGCCGGCGCCCGGGGUCCGCAGCAGCAGCAGCAGGGUAGGAUUAUUUUGGCCGGCAGCGGACCGGGACACCCCGAUUUACUCACGCGCGCAACGCACAAGGCGAUCCAGACGGCCGACCUCAUCCUCGCGGAUAAGCUGGUGCCGGCCGGCGUGCUGGAUCUCAUCCCGCGCCGCACGCAGGUGCAGAUAGCGAGGAAGUUCCCCGGCAACGCGGACCAGGCGCAGGAGGAGCUUCAUGAGCUCGCGCUCGCCGGCGCGAAGGAGGGGAAGACGGUGCUGCGGCUGAAGCAGGGCGACCCGUUCAUCUACGGCCGCGGCGGCGAGGAGGUGGCGUAUUUCAGGGAGCACGGGUUCGGGGACCGCGUCACGGUCCUUCCCGGCAUCACCUCGGCGCUCAGCGCGCCGUUGUUCGCCGGUAUCCCCCCGACGCAGCGCGACGUCGCGGACCAGGUGCUGGUUUGCACGGGCACCGGCAAGAAGGGCAAGCCGCCGGCCCCGCCGGAGUACGUCGCCAGCAGGACGGUGGUGUUCUUGAUGGCGCUGCAUCGGAUUGUGGGACUGGUGAGGGAGUUGACGUGUCGCCUGGAGACGGAGGAGACUACCGCGGAGGCGGGUGACGAGAAGCCGAAGAGGGCGUUGUGGCCGAGGAACACGCCCUGCGCCGUUAUCGAGAGGGCGAGCUGCCCCGAUCAGAGGGUCAUCCGGACGACGUUGGAGUACGUGGCCGAGGCCAUCGAGUCCGAGGGAAGCAGGCCGCCCGGUUUGAUUGUCGUGGGUAGGGCGUGCGAGGCGCUGUAUGAGAAGGAGAAGGGGAGGGCGUGGGCCGUCGAGGACGGUUUCAAGGGGUUCGAGUUUGAGGAGCUGCCUGGGUUGUCGUGA